AUGAUUGAAGAUAGAUAUUAACUACUCAAGAUUAUUGGAGCUGGUGCAGCCGGUAAAGUUUGGGAAAUAUAAGAUAUAAAGAGUGGGUAUAAAUAUGCUUUGAAAUCAAUGAAAUAAAUAGAGCAACUUCAUGCUAUUGGCUAUAUUCACAGAGAUAUUAAACUAGAAAAUAUACUACUAAAGGAAAAUAAAAAAGUUGCACUUUCUAAACUCAAGAUUAGUCUGGUAGACUUUGGAGCAUGCAGAAAGUAUCUAGAUUCAAAGGGGAAUCACAUCUAAAAGGUUAAAGUAAACUCUUUUCAAGGCAACUUAGCUUUUGCAAGUCUUGAUCAAAUGCUUUGCUAUGGUGUAUUAAGAAAUCUGCUGGCAGAAGUAGAAAAAAUAAAAUUUGAGGAUUACCCAGAUUAUGAAUCUAUCAUUAAAGCAAUGAAAAGAGAACUUUUGGAAAUUUAGCAACCAAGAGAAUAAUAAAAAUGGUAAUAAUCAACUUCGAGCAUUAAUUGCAAACCAUCACCAUCACCUUUCACUGAUAGUCCUAUAUAAACUAAAAGAUAUGAAGCAAUCACUUAAAAAAAUACACCAGUAAGCAAACAAGAAAAAUCAAUAGGUAACUAGCUGUUAAAAUAAGAUUUCGAAGACAUCGUUGAAAAGAAUAAAAUUAGUGACCAAUCAGUGAAUAAAAGAGAUAUUUUAGACCCUGCUUUUAAUACCUUAGGAAAUUAAAAGUAAAAAUGUAGAGAGUAAAUUGACUAUUAGAGUCAUGACUUUCUUGACUAUGAAUUGAAUAAACUAUCUCCCCAAAGUAUGCUUUUCAUUUCAAAUGAGAAGAUUGAUGAGAAAAUUUUAAAUUUCCAAUAAGAACUAUCGAUUGAUUAAAAGUAAUAUUUGCCAUUGAAUGAUGAUUAAAAUGGAAUAAAUCUAAAAUCAGAACAUGACAAGCUUCAAUACUAGAAUAAGAAAGCUUAUAAGUAUUUAAAUCAAUAAGAUGAUUAAAAUGCUUUUGAAUAUUAUCUGAAAUAGAUCAAUAGAUUAGAAAUGAAUAAUGAUUUUUAGCUAUAAUGCCUGUUUAAACCAUCUUAUUCUCAGCAAAAUGAAUAAAUAAGAAGGCUUGUAAUGAUUGAUUCAACUGAUUUUGAAGAUAUGGAGAUUAAUGAGGAGUAUUAUUAGGAGGAUAAAUCCUAUAAAUUACCAAAAUUAGACAUAGUAUAUGAAUUUGAUUGUCAUUCUAAUAAUCUCAAAAGUAUAUGUCAUGCAUUUUGA